ACGAUACACGCCCACCAGUUGUGUGGACCUCAGCCGAUCAGAUUUCUUUAGUCCUGGCCACUCCCUGCAUCAGCCGAGCACACACACUGGUCGGGUCAUAGUGUGCACUGAUCCGGACUCUGUCUAGUGCGGCUUGGGAGCUGUCCAAAGACAAAGACGACGCCAUGCUCCUGGGGGACGGGAUGGACAGACGCUCCCUCGCCCAUGAGAUUCUCAGCCAGCUGCCCCUGGCCCAGCAGACAGCAGCCUGGGGGACCCUGGGCACCAUCAAACCCUACCUGGGCUUUGACGUGGAGAGUGACGUGCAGCACCACACAGAGGCCAUCGUCGGCAAUGGUAAUGUGGAGGGGGUGGGGAGGGGGUCCCGGCACCCAGCUGAAUGUUCACACCCAGCUUCCCGGCCCGCUUGCUACAGGCACUGACCAUGGGGCCAUCCUGGACGUGCUGACCAAUCGGACCAGCGCCCAGAGGCAGCAGACCACCAGGGUGUUCCAGGCCCUCACCAAGCAGGACCUGCUGAAAUCCAUGGAAGCGGCUCUGUCUGGGGACCUGGAGCGGGUCAUCGUGGGGCUGCUGAAGCCGCCGGCUCAGUACGAUGCUCACGAGCUGAGGGCGGCCAUGCAGGGCAUGGGCACUGACGAAGAUGCUUUGACCGAAAUUCUCUCCACUCGAUCCAACCAGCAGCUCAGAGAAAUCCUGGCCUUUUACCAGCAAGAUUUUAAAGCAGACCCUGAGAAGGACAUAGCCUCGGAAACCAGCGGUUGGUUCAAGGAAAUUCUCCUGGCACUAGCAACGGGGAAGCGUGAGCGCGACACCGGGAUCAUCGACUAUGCCCUGAUACAGCAGGAUGCCGAGGCUCUUGCAGACCCAGGAGCCAGCAGCGAGGGGGCCGGUGAGAGGACCUGGAUAAGCAUCUUCACGCAGCGAAGCCCUGAGCAUCUCAGCAGAGUGUUCGGUCAGUACCGGAAAUCCCACGGGCUGGAGGUGGAGGAGACCAUCUGCAAGCGCUUCCGGGGAGAUGGCCAGGCGGCCAUGCCGGCCCUAGCCUCGGUGUGCAGGAACACCCCGCGCUACUUCGCCGAGAAGCUGCACAACGCCGUGAAGGGCCCCGGCACCGAUGACAAAGUCCUGAUCUCCCGCAGUGAAACCGACCUGCUGAGCGUUCGCUCCGAGUUCAAGAAGCGCCAUGGGAAGUCUCUGUACUCCUGUCUGCAGGUGGAGACGAGAGGCGAUUACCAGGCAGUGCUGCUAGCCUUGUGCAGGGCGGAAGACCUGUAGGGCAGCUGCCAGCUUCGGAGAAAUCCGCUGAGCCCAUCGGCCUGCAGAAAACGAUGGGGAACGGUGCGCCAGGGAGGGAGGGAAGCAUGAGUCCGCCCAGUGGCAUCGGGUUCAUUCCUUUUAUCACGUUCACUCAUUUUAUCAUGGAAACAGCCACGAGCCACACUCAGCAGGGUGCAUCUACCCUGCAACUGGGGUAUGUGAUCGCAUCCCCGAGCCUUGAAUAACAAGAGCAGGGAUGGGGGGCUGCCUGGGCAAGCCCUGCCCUCCCAGGACCCUGGGUAUUUAGUUGAGCGGCCUCCGCCCAUGCAGUGUUUCAACAGGUGCGGGCAUCACUGCUGUUGUUGCUGGAGCGAGCUGGCUAGAUCCCCGCUGCACGCUCUGCAAUCACACCUCCCCAGGGCAGGGCAGACCAUUUUUAAAUCAAGGUUGGAGGUUUUGCUAAAAGUUCUGCCCUAGGAAUUGUUUCGGGGCAGGGCUCUGGCCUGCGCAAUCCAGGAGGUCAGUCUAGAUGAUCACAGUGGUCCCUUCUGGCCUUGGACUCUAGGAAUACCAGGACCUGCAGCCGUCCCGGGGCUGAGAAAUCAGGAGUGCUGCCAAUUCGUGCGAUGUUCUUGAAGUCCCAGCUCCAGGAGUCAUGUGAUUCUGGGGGAACGUUAGCUUGCAUUUUCAAAAAAGGCUUCGUCCACAUGGGAAAGUUUUCCAGGAUGUGAUUUUUAAACCGAUAUAGUUAUACUGGUAUAACCUCCUCCAUGGACACGCCUAUCCUGGUGCAAGAGGGCCAUUUAGCUACGUCACUUGGGAAAGGGUUUAAGUGAAAUCCAAUACACACCCCCGUCCUACUGAAAUAAGAGGGGCCACACCCGGGGUUACCCCAGUAUUUCUCUCUCUGGCUAAUUAUAACACCUAGCUCUGAUAUUGCGCUUUUGGUUCAGCAGAGUGCAAAGUGCUUUCUAACAGAGGGCAGUGUUCCUAUCCCCAUUUUACAAAUGGGGCAACUGAGGCACAGAGCAGGCGGUGACUUGCCCAAGGUCACCCAGCAGGCCAGAGCUGCCAUGUCCUCCCAGUCCAGCGCUCCAGCUACUAAAGCACUGCUGUGUAGACACGCUCUCAAUUUUUAGCCCUUGGGCUGGUGGAAAGAAGCUUGAGAAUGUGACCUGAGGGCAACCCUCAAGGUUCAGAAACCGGGAGCUGGGGAACAGGGAGCCAGACUCCAAAUUUAUUAUUUUUCAACAAUCUCAUGAUUCUUCGGCCAUGCUUGUGAUAUUUGCAGGCCUGAUACCUGGUGUUUGAUCCCUUGACUUUGGCAAAAGAGAGUCAGGAAAAUUGAAUCUCUCUCCGGCUUGGCCACUAUUAAAAUUUCGACCUUCAUAACUGCCAAUCAGGAGGUGAUUUUUUUUAACCAGUAUAGUCAGACCAAUGGGUCAAAUCGUACCGUGUAUACCAGUAUAAAAGCACCUUAUACUGGUAGGGCUGAUUCCCCUUCCCCUAUAGGACCAGCUAUGCUGGCAUAAUGCAUCCGAUGAAGUGAGCUGUAGCUCACGAAAGCUUAUGCUCAAAUAAAUUGGUUAGUCUCUAAGGUGCCACAAGUCCUCCUUUUCUUUAUGCUGGCAUAAUGCACCUCUCUACUCAUAUAACUGCAUCCCCACUAGGGCCAUGCCUACCCUGUAGAUCAGUGACUCUCAACUUUUCCAGACGACCGUACCCCUUUCAGGAGUCUGAUUUGUCUUGUGUAUCCUCACUUCUGCUUACAAAACCAGACAUAAAAAUACAGUUCUGGAAGUUCUCUGCAUAUCGCUGGUUGAGAAUCACUGCUAUAGCCUUCUGCCAGCAUCUAGCUGAGAUCUAAACAGCUGAGAGCUGCCCCUUUAAGGCCAGGGCUACCCCGACCUCAGCUGGUAUAGCUAUGGCAGCCAGUAGCAUGAUCCCCGAGCUACAGCGCUAUACCCCCACCGCAGACACAGUUAUACGAGCGUCGCUCGUUUCACUGGGCGGGGCCAGUAAAAGUGAGGUUUUGCCAGUGUAAGCUGCGUCCGCACUAAGCGUGCUUUGCUGUUCUAUCACUGUAGUGUAGGGCCAAGCAGGGCCCUGGCUGCAGGGGGGGGGGGUUGGCUGCUUUAAUUAUACCAGGCUGUCGUUCAAAGUGGCACAACUUUCUAGCAGAGACACAUGUGCCUAUCUGGCCCCACUCGCGGUGGUGUGGACUCAGAGUGCCUCGGAGGCAGGGCCGUGCUGUUAUCCCCCUCGCAUGGAUGGGGAGCCAGCACCCAGAAAAGUGACGAGAUUGGCCCAAGGCCAUGCGGGGAGGCUGGGGGUUCUGGUAGGACUGAACGCUGCUAGAAUCGAGCACUCGCCAUGUUCGUUUCCUGGAAAGAAGCCGCUGGGAGGCCCUGCGGCUCUGCUGAACCGAAUCACUCCGCCAAAAUGAAACACGCAUCAUUUAAAAAAAUAAAUGAUGAAACCCUUGGUUAUGGAAAGAAUGAAGCAGCCGUCCCCUUUAAUUUUCUCAGCCCGGAGGUGGCAUGGUGCAGGGUGACCAAGGAUCCAGUGGUGGAGUCAGGAAGAGAACCCAGGAGUCCUGACCCCCAGGCCUUCUCCUCACCCCACGUCCCUCCCCAGAGCUGGAAACGCAACCCAGGUGUCCUGCCUCCCAGGGGUCAGUUGCUCAGUGACACCUAAAAUGGUCUACUGUUGCUGCAGUACCAUGUAUUGUUUUUAGGCAGGUCCUACAUAAACAGCGACUUUUUAAAUUUACCCUUUGCUGGCAACGGAGACUAACAAGAGAAGCAGCGGCUCCCGCAGGGUGACUGACAGGCUGGCAAAGGGGGCCUCAGAAAAGUUAAAAGAAAUAAACACAAAUUGGAUUCCUGGCUCACUGCUCAAAUCAUGUCAGUUUCCCACACCGGUGCGGUCAUAAAUAUGAAAGGAAGGGUAACCACCUUUCUGUAUACAGUGCUAUAAAAUCCCUCCUGGCCAGAGGCAACAUCCUGUUACCUGUAAAGGGUUAAGAAGCUCAGGUAACCUGGCCGGCACCUGACCCAAAAUGACCAAUGAGGGGACAAGAUACUUUCAAAUCUGGAGCGGGGGGGAGGGGGAAGGCUUUUGUCUGUCUGUGCAAUACCUUUGCCGGGAACAGAUCAAGGAUGCAAGCCCUCCAACUCCUGUAAAAUUAGUAAGUAAUCUAGCUAGAACAUGUGUUAGGUUUUUUUUGUUUUGGCUUGUGAAAUUCGCUGUGCUGGAGGAAAUGCGUAUUCCUGUUUGUGUGUCUUUUUGUAACUUAAGGUUUUGCCAAGAGGGAUUCUCUAUGUUUUGAAUCUGACUGCCUGUAAGAUUAUCUUCCAUUCUGAUCUCACAGAGUUGUUCUCUUAUCUUUUUUUGUUCUUCUAAUAAAAUUCUGUUUUUUUA